AUGAAAAUGGCCGAGUCUUCACCUCACACUCCGUCACCAUAUGAAGUCACACCCUUGAAGACCAAAGGGGAGAUUGACGAAGUCCGUCUGGAAGCCGCGCUUGGGCAUAGGCAAGAAUUGAAACGAAAUUUUGGGCUCUGGAGUCUAACAAGCUUGGGCAUCGUCAUAGCCAACUCGUGGGCCUCAACGGGCGGGACAAUUGUCGCAGCAUUGCAAAAUGGGGGCCCGAUGGCAGUAAUCUACGGCUUGAUUCUCGUGAGCAUUUUCUAUACUGCUAUAUCCGCAUCUCUUGCAGAGCUAGCCUCUUCAAUGCCCUCUGCCGGUGGGGUCUAUUACUGGUCAUCGGUGCUCAGUCGAAGUCGGGGACGUGGGGCGGGAUUCGUCACUGGUUACUUCAACGCAUUUGCCUGGCUGUUGUCGGCGUCGUCAAUGAGCUCAAUCCUAGGGAAUGAAGCUGUCGCAAUGUUUCUGCUGAAACAUGAGAACAUUGAAUGGCGCUCCUGGCAUGUUUUCAUCGUCUUUCAACUGAUGAACUGGUCGUGUUGCGCGAUUGUCUGUUUUGGCAACCGAUUCAUUCCAAUUCUGAAUCGAAUUGCUCUGACUCUCUCCAUGGUUGGAUUAAUUGUGACUGUGAUUGUCCUGGCCGUGAUGCCCAAGACGCACGCGAGCAACAGGCAAGUUUGGACAGAAUACCACAACAGAACGGGAGGUUGGUCGGACGGCAUCUGUUUCAUGACUGGAUUGUUGAAUGCUGCCUUUGCAGUAGGGACGCCGGAUUGUAUCAGCCAUCUGUCAGAGGAAGUGCCAAAACCGGAAAGAAGAGUGCCCCAGGGUAUCAUGCUUCAAAUGCUCACUGCGUUCAUCACCUCUUUCAUCUACCUGAUCGCUCUCUUCUACUCGAUUCAAGACUUGGACGCUGUCCUGGACAGCAGCAUUAGCUCUUUCCCAACAGCAGAGAUAUACCGACAGGCCACAGGCUCAGAGACAGGUGCCGUGGGCUUGAUUGCCGUUCUCUUUCUUGCGACAUUUCCCACCCCUAAUCGGCACCUUCGUGACUGGCGGCCGAAUGUGUACUUUGCUCAAGUUCAUCCCAAACUGAACUGUCCCGUGCGCGCCACCGUCGCUCUGAGUGCAAUGGUCACUUGCAUCGGGUGCAUCUACGUCGGUAGCACGACCGCCUUUCAAGCAUUGAUAUCCUCCUUUAUCGUGCUCAGUUCCCUCUCUUACUUUGGCGCUAUACUUCCUCAUGUUCUCUCUGGGCGAAGGAACAUGGUCCCCGGUCCUUUCUACAUGGGACAGCGACUCGGUAUGGCUGUCAAUAUCACUGCCCUGGGAUAUAUCCUGGUGACGGUGGUCUUUUUCUGCUUCCCUCUCGUUUUGCCCGUGACCACGCAGAACAUGAACUACACGAGCGUCAUCAUCGCGGGCUUGAUGGCAUUAUGUGCGAUCUGGUGGAUAUUCCGAGCAAGGCGCAGAUAUCAGGGUCCCCAGUAUAGUUUUGAAGCCGCAGAGCGGUUGACUGCAUAUCAGACGGGCAAGGAAGGCCGACGAUCAUUCAUCGACGUUGCGAAUCCGGGUCCAAGGCCGUACGGUGAAGGCGAAUACCAGAUGAGGUGA